UGUUCAAUCAGUUGACGUGUGUCCCACUACUUGAGAAUGUCGCCAAUCUAGACUUUAAGUUUGUCUUGACCGCAGACGAAACUGUCACAACGCGAAGUCUUAUUUUGGGAUUUUGACUGUGGAGUAGGGUUUUUGUGAACUCUUCAAAGUUAUCAGAAGCUCAUGUUUCUUUGAAUCAACGCCAUGGAAAAGCAAGUCAAUUUCAUGUUAACAUGUGUGAUAACUUUGCUGGCAAUCAUACUGUCAGUAAGCGGGGGUAAAUAUUGCUGCCCAUAUUACACGUCAUCUGGCAGUUACAGAAGCUCGUUCUACUGUUCCAAGUACUGCUGCGGGACAUCUACCAGUAAAUACUGUUGUACCUCGUCCUAUAGCAGAUACUACCCGAGUUAUUCAUCUAGUUCCUUGUGCCCAACUGCGACAAAAGGAGAAUAUUGCUGCCCAUAUUACACGUCAUCUGGCAGUUACAGAAGCUCGUUCUACUGUUCCAAGUACUGCUGCGGGACAUCUACCAGUAAAUACUGUUGUACCUCGUCCUAUAGCAGAUACUACCCGAGUUAUUCAUCUAGUUCCUUGUGCCCAACUGCGACAAAAGGAGAAUAUUGCUGUGCACAUUACACGUCAUCUGGCAGUUACAAGAGUUCGUUCUACUGUCCCAAGUACUGCUGCGGGACG